GGCCGCUCUGAUGAGAGGUGGGAAUAGAGGCGGCGGCGGUGGUGGCAGAGGUGGUAGAGGUGGUUUCAAUGAUCAAAAUAACCGCGGUGGAGGAAGAGGGGGCGGUUUCAACAAUCAGGGUGGCAGAGGUGGAUUCAACAACAACAACAACAACAGAAACAACAACGGCGGAAAAAAUAAUCGGGGAAGAGGUGGGUUUAACAACAAUGACAACAGUAACAGAAAUAACAACAACAACAACAACCGCGGUGGAAAAGGCGGUGGCUUCUCCAACAAGGGGAACAACUGGAAUAACAACAAUAACAACAAUAACAACGACAAUAAAAACAACGGCAAUGGCAAGAACGGCAAGAAUAAGAAGAAAGUCAACUGGUAUCGCCCGCUCCUCGACCCAUACGACUUCGAAGACAACUCGGCCAGGGUGCUGUGGCGCUGGGGGUUUGACAGCAGUAAGGCCCCGGAACCCGAGGAUACAGAGAUGACGAACGCGCCUCCGUUGGAGAACCCUGAGCCUGACGAUGAUAUAACCAUGGGAGGCGUCUCUGAUGACGAGGACCCUGAUAUCUCGAUGGGGGGCUGGUCCGACUCAGAGUCUGAUUCGGAUAACUCGAUGAGAAGUUGGUCCGAUUCGGACCCCGAUACCUCAAUUCGGGACUGUGCUGACCUGGAUGCCUUGGUAGGGGGGCAGCCGGAUCGGGGUGCACAUGAGCGGCGAUUGUCUGAUUCAGAUAUCUCGAUGCGAAGUUGGUCGGAUUCGGACUCUGAUACCCCCAGUGGGGCCUGUGCUAACCCGGAUACUUCAACAGGCGAGGAGUCCGACCCAGACACCGCGGUGGGAGUCCGUUUUGAGUUGUACAGGUCGUGCAAAGGCCGUCCCGGUACACCAGUUCCCUCGAGGAGAUCGAGCUCGAGCUCGGAAGCCUCGAGCGAUUCAUCGGAUCCGGACUACUUGCCAGACGACGAUGAGGAUCCAGAUGACGAAGAGGAUCAAGACUAUGCCUCCAAGCCAAGGAAACAAGCCCCAACCGACCCCUGUGAGCAGAUGUAA